GGUCCAGUCAAAGAAAAAGACAGUUAAGGAUGCAGGAGCCCAACAAUGGAUUUCUCCUUCUCUUUCAUGCAAGGGAUCAUGGGAAAUACAAUUCAGCAACCCCCUCAGCUCAUUGACUCAGCCAACAUCAGACAGGACGGCUCCUGCGACACCGGCAGUGACCCGGGUGAGGAUAGCGGUCCCUCUUACGAUGCUGCCCUGGAUGCAGAGUUCUCUUACCCGCCGUCAGCCUCGGAGGACAUGCCGCAGGUCCCUAACGGCUACCCCCCGGGUCUGGGCCUGUACGAGCCCCAGGCCAAGUUCUCCAUGUACUCGCAGUUCCCCAACGGCUCGGCUAACGGCUACGGCGCCAUACGGAGCUACGGGGACCACGGCCUCCUGCCGGGGGAGGGAACUGUCCUGAGAGGACCCGGCCUCCAUGAGAGACCUCUGUCCCCCGUGUCUCCGCCGCUGUCAGUACAUCACCCACACCUCCACCACCCCCAUCACCAUCACCACCACCACACACACCCCUUCCACUCGAACCCGCCUCACAUACAGACCCACUCGCACCCGCACAGCCCCCCGCCACCGCCGCCGCUGCCGCUGCCCGCCCAGCACCAGCUGUCCCAGACGCCUCACAUCAUGAGCCACAACCUGCCGCCGCCGCCCCCCUUACACCUGCCUUCCUCCAGCCCCCCGCCCUCCCUGGUGGACAGUACCCCGUCUUCUCAGCCCGCGCUCGCUCCAUCCAACACCCCAGGCGGCGGCGUGCUGAAGAAAACCAGCUCUCCAGAGAUCAAGCUGAAGAUCAUAAAGACGUAUCAGAACGGAAAGGAGUUGUUUGAGUCUGCGCUGUGUGGGGAUCUGCUGCAGGAGCUGCAGAAGGAGUCUCAGAAGAACGAGGCGACUCAAAUGCAGCGCAGACACGAGAGGAAGAAGGAGAAGAGGAAAAAGAGCGCGAGGUUGCAGCUUCAGGCUCAGCAGAGUGUGGAGCGGAGCCAAGAGCAAACCGCUUCCACGGCCCAAACAGAGGAGUCCGUCCAGCCGCAGCCAAGAGAGCCGCCGCCGCCGCUGCUGAGUGACCCGCCGCCGGCCCAGGCGGAGAAAACUCAGAGGACGGUCAUCAAAACUGAGCCAAAAACACCGAAGGCAAAGAGCGAAGUUCCUAAAGUCCAUCAUCCGUCGGUGAUCCAGGAGACGGGGUUCUGUAAGGAGUUUGUGAUCGGAGAUCUGGUGUGGUCCAAGGUGGGCACCUAUCCCUGGUGGCCCUGCAUGGUCUCCUCCGACCCACAGAUGAAGGUCCACACUCGCAUCAACACCAGAGGACACAGGGAGUAUCACGUCCAGUUCUUCGGCAGCGUUGCUGAGCGAGCGUGGAUCCACGAGAAGAGGAUAGUCACGUACCAGGGGAAGCAGCAGUUCGACGAGCUCCAGGCAGAGACGCUGCGCAAAGCCACAAACCCUGUGGAGAGACAGAAACUUUUGAAGCCCAUCCCUCAGAGGGAGCGGACUCAGUGGGAAGUAGGCGUCGGCCAUGCUGAGGAUGCCUUUCUCAUGACGCGCCAGGAACGGAUCGACAACUACACCUUCAUCUACGUCGACCCGGACCCCGAAGAGGCGCCGCCUACCAAGAAACCCAGCAUCCGAGCUGAAAAACGGAGCCGGCGCUCCAGCGGCUCGGUUGGAAAGAAGGAGGAUGUCGGCGUGAAGUCGCCUGACAGAGAGCAGCCGCCGCGGAGGCAGCUGCCGCGCCGGCAGUGCAGCAUUUCCAACACGGAGGACAGCUCGAACUCGCAGACCGCCGGGGAAGAGAAGAACCAGAAGGGAGAACAGCAGAAGAAGAGUUCACCGCUGCAGAACGCCGGCUCUGAUGCAAAGCAGGACUCGCCGCCGCCGGUGGUCAGGCCGUGGAAAACGGCAGCGGCGAGGAAGCUGCUGCCUCUCUCCAUCACCAUGAAGAGGCUGAACGUGGAGAUCACCAAGUGCGACUGGCCUCUCCUGCAGAAAAACAUCACGCCGUCCCCAAAGAAGGACAGAGAAGAAGAGAAGAAGGAGAGGGUGGAGAGAGAGGCCCGGCAGCCCGACCUGGGGUACUGCUCACCUGACCAGGACAGCAGAGCCAAACCUGAGCCCAGUCCAGAGGAGGAGGAAGAAGAGGGCGACGAAGGUGAGGAAGAGAGCGACGAGCGGAGAGGCUCUCCGGCCAGCAGGAGGAGCGAGUCAGCGAAUCGACAAAACUCUUCACCUGGAUCGCCCAGCAGCAGCCCGCAAGGCUCUCAGGAGAGGAAGCCUCAGCGGCGGUCAGUCCGGAGUAGAUCUGAGUCAGAGAGAGGCGCCGAUCCCAUCCCGAAGAAGAAAACCAAAAAAGAACAGGCUGAGAUGGCUCCAGAAACCACUCUGAAGACGGGAUCACAGAAAGGAGCCAGUGAGAUCUCGGAUGCGUGCAAACCGCUGAAGAAGAGAAGCAGAGCGUCAACGGACGUAGAAAUGGCUUCGUCUCAGUACAGAGACACGUCUGAUUCCGACUCCAGGGGUCUCAACGACCCACAGGGAUUAUUUGGGAAGAGCCUGGACAGUCCAGCCGCGGCAGACGCUGACGCUUCGGACACUCAGUCUGUGGACUCCGGUUUGUCCCGUCAAGACAGCGGUACCGGACAGAGAGACACGGUGUGCCAGAUCUGCGAGGCGUAUGGGGAGGGUUUGGUCGUGUGUGAGGGCGACUGCAGCAGACAGUUCCACCUGGAGUGUCUCGGCCUGUCGUCUCCACCGGAGGGCCGAUUCACCUGCACUGAAUGUAGAAAUGGCAAUCAUCCUUGUUUUAGCUGUAAAUCAGUGGACCCGGAGGUGACUCGUUGUUCCGUGUCUGGAUGCGGAUGCUUCUACCACGAGGAUUGUGUCCGGAAGCUGCCGGGCACCACCAGCGGUUCUGGUGGAGGGUUCUGCUGCCCGCAGCACAGCUGCUCCACCUGCUGCCUGGAGCGAGACCUGCAGCGAGCCAGCAAAGGCCGUCUGAUCCGUUGUAUCCGCUGCCCGUUGGCCUAUCACCCCAGCGACGGCUGCCUGGCCGCCGGCAGCGUCAUCCUCACCCAUCACAUCAUGAUCUGCAGCAACCACGGCAGCGCCAAGAAGAACGGCCUCCUCUCCUCCCCCGUCAACGUCGGCUGGUGCUUUCUGUGUGCCAGAGGGCUGUUAGUGCAAGACCUUACUGACACCAUAUUAAGUUCAUAUGCCUAUAAGUCCCACUACCUUCUGACUGAGUCAAAUCGUGCUGAGUUGAAAUUACCUAUGAUUCCCUCUCCUUCGUCAGCUACCAAAAAGAAUGUUGGGAAAGGAGGAAAGUUGCUGUGCUGCGACUCAUGCCCAGCUUCCUUCCACCCGGAGUGUCUGGAGAUGGAGAUGCCCGAAGGCGCUUGGUCCUGCAGUGAUUGCAGGGCGGGGAAGAAGCCUCACUACAAACAAAUUGUCUGGGUCAAACUGGGAAACUACAGAUGGUGGCCGGCUGAGAUCUGCAACCCUCGCUUGGUGCCGUCUAACAUCCAGAGCCUUCGGCACGACAUUGGCGACUUCCCAGUCUUCUUCUUUGGUUCCCAUGACUACUACUGGAUCAACCAGGGCCGCGUGUUCCCAUACGUGGAGAACGACAAGAACUUCGUCACGGGUCAGAUCAACAUCAACAAAACCUUCAAGAAAGCUCUGGAAGAAGCAGCCCGGCGGUUUCAGGAGCUCAAGGCUCAGAGGGAGAGCAGGGAAGCUCUGGAGCAGGAACGCAACUCCCGCAAACCUCCACCAUACAAAAUCAUCAAGUCCAAUAAGCCAGUGGGUAAGGUGCAGAUGCACGUGGCCGACUUGUCAGAAAUCCCUCGAUGCAACUGCAAACCAACAGAGGAGCAUCCUUGCAGCCUCGACUCCCAGUGUCUAAACCGUAUGCUGCAGUACGAGUGUCACCCGCAGGUGUGUCCUGCAGGAGACCGAUGUGAGAAUCAGUGCUUCUCCAAGCGGCUGUACGCAGAAACUGAGGUGGUGAAGACGGAGGGCUGCGGCUGGGGGCUCAGAACGAACCAAACGCUCCGCAAGGGUGACUUUGUGACCGAAUACGUGGGAGAGGUUAUAGACUCGGAGGAAUGCCAGCAGCGAAUUAAACGAGCCCACGAAAAUCACGUGACCAACUUCUACAUGCUCACACUAACCAAGGACCGAGUGAUAGACGCCGGCCCAAAAGGAAACUCGUCUCGCUUCAUGAACCACAGCUGCAGCCCCAACUGUGAAACCCAGAAGUGGACGGUGAACGGAGAUGUUCGCAUCGGGCUCUUCACCCUCUGCAACAUCGAGGCUGGCACAGAGCUGACGUUCAACUACAACCUACACUGUGUGGGCAACCGGAGGAUGUCCUGCCACUGCGGAUCCGACAACUGCUCCGGGUUCCUCGGCGUUCAGCCGACGAGUGCCGUGGUGAUGGAGAAGGAGGAGAAGGCUAAGAACGCCAAGCUGAAGCCCAAGAAGCGGAAGCUGCGGCCGGAGGGCAAACACACACACGAAUACGUCUGUUUCUGCUGCGGAGAAGGAGGAGAGCUGGUGAUGUGCGACAGGAAGGACUGUCCAAAAGCGUAUCACCUGCUGUGUCUCAACCUCACCAAGCCGCCAUACGGACGCUGGGAAUGUCCAUGGCACGACUGCAGCGUAUGCGGCGCCUCGGCUUCGUCACUCUGCGACUUCUGCCCCCGUUCGUUCUGCCGGGACCACGAGGCGGGGGCGCUCACCGCCUCCGCUCUGGACGACCGCCUCUGUUGCUCCAACCACGACCCGCUCAGUCCGCUGGGCUCCGACUCGACCCAGCCGCGGCGCUUCGAUCGGAGCCCCGUCAGGGUCAAAGAGGAGUCUAAAGAGUGAAGCCGCAACUUCCACUAUACCUCAUUCCCAGCGAAGUGCUCUCUGACGUCUGCAGCGGUGCACUUCACAAGGGGGAUACAGUGUUUGUUUUUGUUUGUUUUUCUGUUUUUUAAACGGUGCGAUAGCCGCUGCUAGCGGCUGGGACACGCCGAUGAACUGAUGCUGUUGGCAGCGAGAGCAGAGCGACUGAAGGAACGACACGGGAAGGUGACUGAGCAUAAUCAUGCGCUGUUUUCUCUCCUCUCGCCAUAAAAGACCAAUAGUUACACUUUCUACAGCUCGCCUGCGCCCUCCGGAGGGCCCAGACCUUACUGCGUUUCUUCUUCUACUGUUGGCGCUUUUUUGUCACAUUUAAAUGUUUCGCAUCAUUUUAAUAUCAAAUUUUAAUAUCAAACGCAAUCUGUUUGAACUCAAAAACAUUCAUUGAAAUGAUGAUUUAAUUUAUUUAAAGGGGAGAAAAGCGAAUCAAAACAACCUGGCUAAAGGUAGGAAAGUAAUUUCUCACUAAUACUUGGAUAUAAAUAUUUUAUAUAUUCUUCUUUGCUCUGUUUCAGUUCAAACACACUUCGUUUUGAGCAACAGUGACAUAAUGUCAUACUUUGUCCAUCUGAAUGAGCUCCAGACUUUGACUAGACCUCUUGAAAAACCUUCAUAAUGACCUUUUUUAAGUCAUUCAGAUGUGGAGAUACCACUUUUCCAUUUUUUCUACAUUGAACAAAAACGCCAAAUCUUACCAAGUAUUUUUGGUUUCUAGUGCGCUUAUGUUACACUUGAAAUAAGACAAAACUGACUUACAAAUAACUUUUCAGGAAGACGUGGGAGCUUAUUUUAACAAGACAAUUUUCCCAUAAGUGAAAUUAUUUGCCGAUGGAACUAGCACUUUCUCAUCAAUAUCAAGGAAUUAUUUACUUAAAACAAGCUUCCGUAUCUUCAUAAGUUAUUUUUGUCUUAAUUCAAGUGUAAUAAGAUAUUUUCACUAAAAAAACCAGAAAUACUUGGUAAGAUUUUGUGUUUUUACAGUGAAUCUAAAAUCCUUAGAAAUAUGAUUGUAACCAUUACCAGACUGAUCAUAAGAUGGUUUUUGAGAUAUUCUGGCCUAUUUUAAUCUGUUAAACUGCUGAUCACCUGGGAUUAAUUUCCUGUUAAUUAAUGAUUUAUUAGGCGUAGACAGGUACGUCUUUACAUAGACUCAGGAUGCUGUGAGCAGCCUUUCCUUUCCUCUAUAAAUAUCAUCCUUUGAAAGCAGCUUUUUGUGUUCAGUUAGAUUAUUUAGCUCUGAUAUUAAACAUUAUUUGAUCUGAAACAUUAAAAUGUGACUGAAAAACAAGAGAAACCUGUAAGGAGGCGAACACUUUUUCCACAGUCCUGUAAGUGUUGCCGUGCUUCGGCGCUCUGAAGAUCUCAAAAGUUUAGAGAGGAGUAGAGGAGGAGGAGGAGGGGAGGUGCUACGUCGAACCUCUCCACCCGCCGUGCUGCUCUCCUCCCCCGUUUACCUGCUGUAAACGACGUAGACGAGGCAGCUCUUCUUCAUCGCCUCCGACACAAUCCGCCACCCUACUUCUUCUUUCUUGUGGAAAAAGAACUCGGAAAAAUGACCAAAUUUGUGCAAUUUUACUUUUUUUUUUGUUUGUUUUUGUUUGUUUUGUUUUCCAGGACCACACUACAUUCCAAUCCUCCUUGAACAUGCUUUUUAAUAUACUUAUGGGGUAUAGAUGAAUAUAA